AUGGCUGGAAGAAAGGAAAUUAGCUUACAGGUGUCCAUCACUACAGACGAGCAAUGGGCCGAGAUGAUGGGCACGCAAGGGUUAACAGUGGUAGACGUGUUCCAGGAGUGGAGUGGACCAUGUUGUGCCAUCCUCUUCCUGUUCAGAAGAAUGAAAAAUGAGUUGGGAGGUGACCUGCUGCAUUUUGCCACGGCAGAAGCUGACAGCAUUGAAGCACUAGAGAAGUACAGAGGAAAUUGUGAACCCACGUUCUUGUUCUUUGCUGGUGGGGAGCUUGUGGCUGUAGUGCGAGGGACGAAUCCUCCUCUCAUGCAGAAGAUGAUAUUGGAGGAACUGGAGAAAGAGAAAAAGGUGCUUGAGCAGGGUGUUAAGCGAAUUACGGUGAAGGAUCCUGGAUUGAUUGAUGAAGAAAAUGUGGAAGAGGAGGCAGAAGUUGAUGAAGAUUCUGAAGACGUAGUGCAUGCUAACAGGUCUUACACCAUGGGAAUCAUAAAGCCAGAUGUUGUUGCACAUGGGAAGACAGAUGAGAUCAUUAUGAAGAUUCAGGAUGCAGGCUUUGAGAUCCUGGCUCAUGAGGCACGCACACUGAGUGUCAAGGCUCAGAAAUUUUAUCAGCACAAAGCAGCAGAGCCGUACUUUCAGGAGCUGAUCCACUUCAUGUCCAGUGGCCCCACCCAUGUUCUGGUCAUUUCUAAUCCUGAGGAUACUGAUGAUGUCAUCUCAGCCUGGCAGGCAUUCCUGGGAGCAGCAGGUGUAGAAGAGGCCAAGAGAGAGCAUCCAGAGAGUUAGACUUCAAAUCAUCUGCGAGCACAGUAUGGAGCUGAGGAUCUCUUCAAUGCUCUUCAUAGCAGUCGUGAUAGUGAGAAGGCUGGUAGGGAGCUGGCCUUCUUCUUCCCCAACUUUGGACCUCCAGAACCGGAACCGACGCCUGUGGAGAGGACGUUGGCACUCAUUCGGCCUGACGCAGCCAGAGAAAACAGAGAUGAGAUCCUAGCAAGGAUCCAUGACGCAGGAUUUACAGUGGCCAUGCAGAAGGAGGUGACGCUAACAGAGGAUCAGGUCUGCCAAUUCGAUGGUCAACACCAAGAUGAUGAAAACUUCCAAGCCCUUCUCACCAACAUGACCAGUGACCCUGUGCUGGCUCUGGUCCUGGCUAAACAGGGAGCUGUGGAGCACCGGAGAAACCUGUUGGGACCCAAAGACCCAACACAGGCAAAGCAGGAACAACCAAACUGCCUGCGAGCUCAGUUCACAGGGGAGAGCGAGUGUGUGAACCAGCUGCGUGGAAGCGGUGAGUGGGAGAUCAGCUUGUUUUUCCCUCAGAGUUCCACACUGGCUGUAAUCAAACGCAACACUUCAGAGGAGCUCAGAGUUACUAUCUUGGGGGAGAUCCAAGUUUCAGGGUUCACCAUCUCUCAGCAGAAGGAGAUGGUUUUGUCCAGGGAAAUGGCUGAGGAAUUCUCCAGACAGCACAGGAACAAGCCAUUCUUCAACCAGUUACUGGACUACAUGUGUCGGUUAGAUCAUACAGUGUCUUGCAAAAGUAUUCAUCCCCCCUGGUGUUUGUCCUGUUUUGUCACAUUACAAGCUGGAAUUAAAAUGGAUUUUUGGAGGGUUAGCACCAUUUGAUUUACACAACAUGCCUACCGC